CUGGUGUUCCCUUAAGCUACGAAAAUGUCUUCUUGUUUCUGCUGUUUCAAAUGCGGAAAUUCAUUCUUUGGACCGGGUCAUGUACAGUUAAAAGAAUUACCAGUUGUUAAACUAGAUACUUCACAUAUGGGAAAUGAUGUGGUUAUAGUUAAAAAUGGUAGAAGAAUUUGUGGUACAGGAGCGGCCUUGGCUAAUGCUCCAGUUGUUCAAAAUAAAGCUUACUUUGAAAUCAAAGUCCAGAGUACAGGUAUAUGGGGUGUUGGGUUAGCCACACAAAAAAGUGACGUUAAUAUUGUUCCACUUGGUAAUGAUCCAGACUCAUGGGUAUUAAGAAAUACAGGAGAGCUAGUUACAAAUAAACAAACAGUCAGUAAAUUAACAGAGAUUCCACAAGAAGGAGAUAUAGUCGGUUUAAGUUUCGACCACAUAGACUUAAAAUUCUAUGUUAAUGGCCAAGUAGCAGAUCAAACAUUUACAGGAAUAAAAGGCACUUUGUUUCCAGUGUUCUAUGUUGAUGAUGGAGCUGUGUUAGAUGUACAGUUUGAGAAGUUUUAUCAUACACCACCAGAAGGUUUUGAUAGUAUAAUGAUAGAACAAUCAUUAUUAUGAUACUUUUACAUUUUAUGUCAUUUUAAAUUAACUAAAGGCUGUAUACAUCUUUCUUAAAUUUCUUAAUUUAAACCUGUGACAAUUAUUGGUAAAUAUUGUUAUUGAUCCUCAGUGAAUUUUACAUUAUCAAUGAAAUUACUGGAAAUAUAACAUAUAGAGAAGCGUCUGUAAUUAGGAUGGGGUAUGCACAUUCUGAACCAGAUUUUGAUGGUAGGUUGUCUCUGUGAUUGCACUCAUAACAUGCGAUCUAAUUAAUCGUAUGCAUGUCAUUAAGGAAUGGUGCGCUAAACACUCAAACUCUUGUCUGUAACAGAGUAAGGAGUCUAUAUCACUUAAAAUAUUUGACAUUUAGUAAUCUUAUUAUAAUGUUUCUUUUUAAUCUGCUUCUGAAAUUUAAUUUUUAUUAUUUCAAUAAAAUAUGACUGAAAACUAACAGUGCACAUAUAUAGCCAGUACUAGUACUACUCUUAAGACUAAUGGUCAGUUUAUAAUAUGCAUCUGAAUCGCAAAUGUAUUUGUUGUCUUUCACGGUAUACAUUUAAUUAAUCUAAAUGGGAAUAUUUUGUAAAAGAUAAAAAUUUAACAUCCUUUUAAAAAGACAAUGUAUUCCUUAUAACACUAGACUCAUCUUAAUUAUCAAAAAUUCAAGUACUUGAUAGAGCAAAGCAAUUUCAAAAUAACUGUGGAUAGUAGUGAAUCUUAAAGCAUAUAUCUCAGCAAUGGAUUGACAGAUUUAAUACAAUCUAUUUGAAAACCUCCACUGUGUAUGUAUAUACAAAUCAUCAAAUCGUGAAAUACUUCUUUAAAUAGUGUGUUUUGAAUUUUGAUACAUAGGUUGAAGUGAAAAUCUCUUAAAAUAUCCUGUAAUCUUGCAUUUAUUUUAUUUUUAUGGUAAACUACUGUAUUAAUUUGUAUAGAGAUGAAUGAUUUUUUUUUUCAAAUCCAACAGUUUAUUACCAUUUACUGCUGUCCUGGGUUUGUAGACAUUAAUUGGAUACCGGUAAUUAUUAAUAUCUUAGUCUGUAUAUAUAUUGUGUAUGUAAGUUAAGGCCAGCAACAUUGCAUUAUUAUCAAACAGUUUUCAUUAUUUCAAUAAAAACAGACAUUUUCUGAUUAACAAGAAAUCCCCUGAGUUUGAAAGUGUGUGUCGUCUAUCUUCUUCCUAACAACAUUGCGGUUGUGACUAAGACUUUGUAAGGAUGUGUUGUCAAUAUUCAAUGAUGAUGGAAUGGAUGGACUCAUUGUUAAAUUUCAAUUCUAACUGAUUGAGCAAGGCAUCUGUCAUUGGUUAAUCUAUAGUUUUGCAAUCAUUGUGAUGGGUAACAGCAUGGAUCAGUUUCAGUAAAUAAAUAAUUUAAAAAUAAGUAAUUGAGUUCUGUUCGAGAUUAUUUCACUUUUAUGAAAUUGAACUUAUAUUUGGAUUUAAUUCUAUAACUUGCCAUGUAUCCAUCAUACCUCUUUUUCAUUUAACUUGAUUGAAUACUACUCUUUCAUAAAAUUGACCCCUGGCAAACAUUUAUGUUUCAGAAAAAUUGAAGUAAAAAAUAAAAUUAUAAGUAGGGGUCCAUCUAUGUAUGAGGCUAAAUAUUCCGGUAAACCCAAGAUGUUAUUUUUCAAACUUGAUGGAAGAAAUUACUUAUUUAUUGCCCCUGUCACAGAAAGCUUGGUGACAGUUUUGGGAGAUAUUUUUGCAAUCAGAUUUGUACUACCAUUAUCCGUUUAGAGCAAACAAUGCAGAUUUAGGACAUGAGUAUUAUUCAUUUUAAUUUACCAACUCUCUCACCGACCAUGGAGAGUUUCGAAAAAUUGUAUAUGGGGUUUCUUUUAUGAUUUUUCUGGUAAUAGAUCUCAGAAACAGAGUUUUAUCUUCCUUCAUUUCUGCCCACAGAAUUACACUCUGAUUAAAAUACAGAUCUAUAUUUCGUUUCGUUUUUUUAUACUUUCAUGAAGAUCUGAUAAGUUAUAGCGAUAGGUCACGUCAGGGGUCAAAAGACCGACUUAUGACCCUUUUGACGUCAGACAUUUGAUUAACCAAUCAGCAUUGAUGUUACUAGUGGAUUACCCACAGUUCCGUGAAAAACACGCCUAAACCUCGCCAUAACAGACCGUUUCAUUGGCUUAUCCCUGACACCAUUCAGAACACGAGUUAAAUAACAACUCUUCCAGAUCCAAGUGUAGUAAAGACAAGUAAAACGAAGUUUUGAACUAUAAAAAUGAAACGAAAUAGGAUCUGUGUUUUAACCAGAUUGACAGAAUUAGUAUGCUACAUAUAAAAAUGUGCAUAAAAUCAUUAGCUAUUGUAAAACUAUUCUUUUAAAUAGUGUACAGAAUCACACUUUAUUGCUGUGAAACUGUUCUACAGAAUCACACUAUAUUGCUGUGAAACUGUACUUUUAAAUAUGUGUACAGAAUCACACUGUAUUGCUGUGAAACUAUUCUUUUAAAUAUGUUAGUUGUAUAUACACAUCAGAAGUAAUCUUAUUAAGUACAAAUAAUUAUUACCGAAUAAAUGUGUGUUUGUCCCAUUCUGUUUGAAUUCCAUGAGAGGCACAAUUUCCUUGCUAAAUGUACAGCUUUUUCAUAAUUUAUUAUUGAACUUUACACAGAUAUUGUUGGUAAACCUAUUGUUACAAUUAACACUGUCCAGUAGAGGUCGACAGCUUCUUUGUGUUAAUCUGAGCUAAUGUGGGGGGGGGGGGGUUGUCAGUGUAUAUUACUGAUUUUUGUCUGUAUACAUACAUGUAUCUUACAUAUACCCUAUCUAUUAACAGCUUCCAUGGCAUACGGUUAUUUCGCACCAAAUAUUGAAUUCAUUUAAACUGUUUUCCUUUUCAAAAGGCACAUUUUUAUAUGCCCACAUUGAAAUGUGGUCGUAUAUUGUUGUCGCCCCCCAUCCGUCUGGCUAAAGUUAAUAUCCGAUUGACUCUAAAUUUAUACACAGUGUUUAAGGUUGUGAGAUGCAGAAUCCUAUUGAUUUUUAACAAUUUCCAAUAAUUACUGUCAGAGUUAUGGCCCUUGACCUCUUUGAAAAAUCUUGUAGAAGCUCUUGAGGCUAAAGUUCAAAUCUGAUUGACUUUAAACUUAUACACUGUGUUUUAGGUCAUGAGACAAAGAAUCCUAUUCAUUUUCAACAAUUUCCAAUAAUUACUGCCAGAGUUAAGGCUCUUGAUCACUUUGAAAAAUCUUGUGGCCGCUCUAGAGGCUAAAAUUAACAUAAAUUGUUUAAGGUCAUGAGACAAACAAUCGAAACAAAUUCUAAUGUUAUCUGAUAAUUACCUCAUGGGUUAUUACUUGUAAUCAGAUUUUCAUGUGUUGUAAAUAUUCUCAUAACUGACAAAAGAAAAAAAUAUGUGAAAACACUUGUUGACUGCCCAGACGACUUAGCUUCUGUGGGUGUGUUUCGUUGCCUGGCAACCUACCUUUACAAUAAUUUAGAGGUAUACAAUUAUAAUCAAUUCAAUUACAUCAUCUGCAGAAUAAAUUACACAAUAGUAAAUUUACUGAUCUGGUAUACCUUAUGUAAUAUAGAUUCUACAAAAGUACUGAAAACAUACAAAAAAUGUUUUGAAAUUUUUGAAAUUAAUGCAAACUAUGCCAAUUCCUUAAAGACACAGUCUUCCAGACUAAAAGUAAAAGACCUUUGGACCAUGCACAUUAAAAGUGAUGACCAUCUACAUCUAUAGUUCACAUUACUUUCUUGCACCAUCUUUAUUCUUUAAGAAUUGUUCGUCAAUAACUGAGAGAUAUGUUAUUUCUAUCCAUGGCCGUCACUAAAAAUUAGUUUUGAUCAUCUAAAUUACUAUUUAAAGACCACUUCUUAGCCCUUAUUAUGUGUUUAAAGUAAAAUAUGGAAAAUGGUUAUUGGCCUGUUAGUAGAAUUGUAAAUUAUAGUUGUGUAUGUUAUUAUAAUGACCAUAAAGUUGUAUUAUCUUUUUAUUAAUAAUUGAUUAAUUAUUUAUCAGUAUAAUACAUAUGGAUAUUGAAUCAUGUAAUAUGUAUUUUACUAUUGAAAAUUAUCAUUAUUUAACAUUAAUUUUUAUUAGCUAUUUUUUAAGGUUUUAUUUACAUUCAGCAUAAUAUAACAAUAGUAAUUUAUAUAUUUUACUCCUAUUAUUAUAUUUAAAUAGAAAAUUUAGAGGAAAAAGGCACAAGGUACAAAUUACUUGCCAGAUAUUAUUUAAUUGAUUUGUAUUGAAGUAAAAAAGUUAAUAUUUUAUGUAAAUUAACUUUUACAAUUCAACAUACAGAUGUCUGCCCAUAUCUAACAUGUAUGGAAGUGGGGGUGGGGAGGGGAGUGGUUAGUGCAUCCACGUUGUAUCAUAAGGUCUGUCAUUGAGUCAACUGGUGUGGUUUCGAUUCCCCGGUUGUAUUUGGCAAGGAGUAGGCUCGCCUGUUAAACGUCGUGGGUUUUCUCCGGGUCUUCCGGUUUCCUCCCACUGCUAAAGAUCCCUACACGUAAGCAAAUUAUUGAAAUAAAAUUGAACCAUAUGUUAGUCCUAAAAUGACCUAGUUUGUGUCGAGUGGACAUUAAACCUCAUUUCUCUCUUUAUUUAACAUGUGCAAUGUUCUAUACAUGAUUGACUGAUCAUCAUUCUACCUAAGGUAAAGAAACACUCUUAGCAUGCUUUGGUGAUUUAGCAUGCAAUGUUAAAUUUCCUUUCAAUAUUGCACAUCAACAUCUCCUGCAUUAAUUUGAUUAUGAGCAGAAUGUGAUGACAUGCUGCCCAUCCAAAUUUAAAAACUAUAAAGUGUUUUUUUUUAACAGAGAGAUGGCAAGACAGGGGGGUUUUAAUGUCCACUCAACACAAUCUAGGUCAUUUCAAGACUAACAUAUGGUAGAAUUUUAUUUCAAUAAUCCGCUUAGACUAAGGUGGUCUUAGCUGUGGGAGAAAACUUGAGUACCCAUGAUUUUGGGCAGUUGACAGUACUGGGAUUGAAAGCAUGCCACUUGACGCAUUGACAAACUUUAUGAUCUAAAGCCCAUGUGUUAGACCACUCAACAACCCUACAUCAAUACAAACAGAUAUAGGUUUAAUGUAAGCACAAAGUAAACAAGUAAACACACCAUGGAUCUAUGAUUAUUUUGAUUAGUCGUCAACAUACUUUAAAGAAGUUUCGCUGGAGAUUCUAUAUAUUUAAUUUCUUAUCAAGUACUAAAAUAGUUACAACCAAGCUGUUAUGAGUGUAUAUCUGUCACUUCUACUGUAAACUAACAAUGCAAUGCACAUGCUAUAACAGUUUCCUAUUUAACACCUUGUGUACCAAGUAUAAAAGUAACUAUGACACAACAGGAAUAUGACUUUCUUUGUUGAUCUGAGUCUUUUGUAUCAAGGAGUAAGGGUUGCCUCCCGAUGUAGUGGUUUUGUUCCUCCUACUGCUAAAGACCCCUAUGUGCAAGCAAACUUUGGACAUAAAAUUCUAGUUUGUGUUAAUUAAUUAAAUAUAAUGUAUGAUUUCUGCAACAGCUGAACUUAAAUAGUAAACCAAUAAAAAAUAUUUCCUAUAAAUUGCUCAUUGUUUUGGUAAUAUGACAUGUGAAUAUAAAUAAUUGUUAGUAUCAGUAUGUUUUAUUAAAAGGCAGCUUGUUUGGAUAUGUAAGCAUUUUAUAGUUGUUUUGUGAUAUGUUAGGUCUUUGUUAUGUUGUGACUUUGUACAUAGAAUGAACAAUCUGUUUAUGACCACAGUAACAAUUUAGACUUUAGCACUUUAAAUUGAAUUCAGAGUUUACCUCAAGGUAGCUGACUUCCAUGACAAGCUUAACACUAUUUCUUUGUUAGUUAUCUGGGGCCUGUUUCACGAAAUUUUAACUAAGAUAAAAUCCAAAUUUGAGUAAUUUGAUUGGAUAAUAUUAAAUUGAUUUUAGUGCUUAGCCAAUCAAAAUUGAAGUAUGUAUCUACUAAAAUUGGAUUUUAUCUUAAGUUAAAAUUUCGAGAAACAGGGCCCAGUUCUCUUUGAAGUCUGUUUUAAGACCAUUAUUGCCAAAGAAAAUGCACCUCUUCAUUGGCUCAAUAAGGGGUCAAGUCCAGUCAUUUGAACACAAACUUUUUAAAGGUGUUGUUAGACCUUACUAUUGAUUAUCAGGGUUAGGUAGGGUUUAAAAGUAUUGUUAGCUCUUAAACACAAGAGACACUGCUGACAGGUCGAAUUUUAUAAUCAAUAAUUAAUGUUAAAAUACAGAUGUGAAAAUAAUGCAUGGACAAUGUGUCAGUCAUACAUUAUAUAUAUUAGAUGAAUUAUUGUGAUGAUUUCAUUGAAAUGCACAAGCAGGAUAACUUAUGUCUCCUCAAUGCCAUUAAACCACACUUUUUUUGGUGUUUAAGCAUAUGAAACUUAAGUUAAAUAUUUUGCUUUCUUCUUUAGAUCAAAAUGUAAAGCAUAAAACCACAGAAAAGAAUUUAUUAUGAAAUUUAUCUUUGUGUUGAGUGAAUUGUGUGUUAUUUAUAAAUUAUGUAUAUCUUAUGUGAAUGUAUAUACAUUAUAUGUAUGUGUAAUUGUAUAUAAUUGUGUAAUUGAUUUUAUUGUGCAAUAAAAAAUUUGUA